AUGAAAACCGACAGAGAUCAAAACCCCCUAGAUCCCAAUUACGAAAAGCGCCGCAGCUCUCUGGGAAGUAUGGAGGAUCAACAGCAAGACCAAUCCAAUGUCAAGCAGGAGAAUAUCAUGGUAGACAGAGAAGUUGCCCCAUCUUCCCGCGCAAUGUGCUCUGAGCUUGCACACCAACAUGCCUUGGAAGGCGUUCAUAGGAACACAGAGCGCCGUUCUUCGCAGGAGGUAGAUCACAAUUCCUUCCUCUCCGAUCUAAGUACCGACCGUGGGCUUCAAGCGCACCCGGAACAACUUGAAGAGUAA